AUGAAUAAUAAUAAUGAUGAAAAUUCCUCCUCCUCCUCUACAUCAUUUUUAGAUUUAUUUGAUGAUCAUAGUGCAAAAGAGCAACAAGUAAUUUUGCAAAAUAUUUGCAUGAAUAACUAUAUGUUACAGCAUUAUUUGCAAGAAUAUCAAAAUAUUGAAGUUUCUAGCGUUGGGGAAAAAUUGGUAGGGAUUCCCUCCAAAAAACCCCAAAUUGUAAAUUCCCUCAAAAACCCUAACUCAACUAACUGCUCGCUUAACCGCAUAGCAUUCUCCUCAGCCGCCUCUGUAGCUCCCAACGCUCCGCUCAAUCAGGAGACUAUGAAUGCUCAAAUGCAAGAUGCAUUAUCCCUUCCUCAAGUUAAAGCAACAUUUCGCCUUGGAUCAGAAUCAUACUCUGUUGAGGCAUGUAAAGGGAUUAUAUCUGAGCAACUGAUAUCUAUGAAAGAGCAAAGCAUGACCAUACUGAAGGACUAUAUCACCAAGCAUAAUGUUCCAAAUGAAGUCCCUGAUGAACCAGAAGAGUUUUCUUCAGAAGAUGAUGGUGAAGUUCCCGAGCAGCCCCCUGUAAAGUCCAAUAAGCGCAAGUAAAUCUAUUUUCUUCCUCUGCUUAUGUCUUUGUAGGUUUUUUUGUUUUUUUAUGAUGGCUGUUAACACUCUCUUACAUGGUGAAAAUUGUAGUUGAUAAAGAUGUGGAAUUAAUUGCCAGUUGCCAUUACUUGAGAUCAAGGGAACUUUUUUAGUAUUUUACAAGAGUGUGAUGUGAAUGCUUGGUGAAAGUUUCCAUCUCUUUAAUUGGACAAUUUUUCUCUAGAA